UUUACAGGUGAAAAUACAGCCGUGGGUACUUUUUCUAACAUUAUAACGCCUAUACAAAAUUUACCUAAUAUGGACUUGGGCAGAAAAUUCCGAACACCUUGCAAAACCGGCAAUAAAUGUGGAAAAGUAAUCAAAAGGCUAAUGGUACCAAAAUUAGCUCAGCUUGAAAAUACAAUUAUGGGCGUGAUGAAGGAACUGGCGAAAAUGCCACCCGGGUCACGACUUCCUGACAAAUAUACUAAAACUGAACCUAUUAAAUUGUUGCUGGAUCAGAAUUACAAAGAGGACGUAUGCAUGGACAAACUGGAGUCUUGUUUGAAAGAAGACAAACGUCGUAAACGUAUCCUCAAGAAAUUGUUUUUUUCAAAAAGUAUUAAUUCGCUACGACAAGAACUGAUCGGCUACGGUGGACGCAGGCUGUGGGGAGGCGAAGGAAAUCUGUUUUAUAGAUAGUUUAUGUAUAAUAAAAAUAAAGAUUUAUUAAACUGUAGUAAUUGAAAUAUA